UGUUAUGUAUUAUUAUUUGAACAUCGAGGGAGAAACCUGCGUGCGGGCCUCAACGGCUCCGCCUCCCCGCGCUCCUCCCGCCACCCGCCGAUCAUAUGUUCGACGGCCGGCGCACACCACACUGGCCGCUCAGCCGCUCACUGCGACUCGGGCUCUCGUCGCUGUCGCAUUGAAUUGUAGCCUAGCUUCACACCGCCGCUCACGCACGAUCAGCUGUUCACGCACUCAGUCUGUCAACACCGCGAGACCAACCGUCAAUAAGCCGCAGUGCGGUGUGAGAUGGAGCUCCUGUGCGCGGAGCGUGUGAGCAGUAGCAGCAGCGAAGGCCCGUCGCGAGCUGCGCCGGCGCCGGCGGCUGCACACGACCCGGUGCUGCUGCGGCGGCGCGUGCUGGACAACCUCCUGCGCACUGAGGAGCGCUACGCCGUCACCGCCAACUACUUCGACACCGUGCAGCAUGAGAUCACGCCCCACAUGCGACGCCUGGUCACCGAGUGGAUGCUAGAGGUGUGUGAAGACCAAAAUUGCCAAGACGAGGUGUUUCCCUUGGCUGUGUCAUACCUCGACCGGUUCCUUAGCGUGUGUAGGGUGGGGAAGAGUCAAGUUCAGCUGCUAGGCACGACAUGCCUGCUUCUAGCCUCCAAGUUAAGAGAACCCGGGUCGAGAUGUCUUGGAGCAGACCUCCUGAUCUUCUACACGGCCAACAGUAUCACUCUAGCAGACCUUUGUCAUUGGGAGCUGCUGGUGUUGUCGAAGUUGAAGUGGGACGUGGCCGGCGUGACGGCACACGACUUCUUGCCGCUGCUGCUGUCGCGGCUGCCCCUGCGGGGGUUGGUGGAUACACACAUGGUGCAGAGGCACGCGCAGACCUUCAUCUCUCUAGCAGCUAACGAUUUUACGUUCACACUGCAGUCUGCAAGCACGCUGGCGGCGUGCGCCGUGGCGGCUGCGCUUCGCGGGCUCGGCCUGGAUGGCCAGCUGCAGCGGCUCCAUGAACUCACGCGCAUAGACUUGGACUGCCUCCAAACAUGCCUGGAACAAGUCGAGCAGAUGGUCAACAAUAUGAUUGAGGAGCGCGGUUUCUCCGACCCAAACGGCCAGCGCAAGGAGGCGGCAGGCUGGACCCCCCCUCCGCAGGACAAAGUGCACAGUAACGCCGCCACCCCCACCGACGUCCGAGACGUACACUUCUGAGCAUUUGUGCAGUGUCCGAACUAUUCCUUGAAAAUGCUUUAAUUACGGUGCAGUACGAAAAUACUUUAAACUAGAACAUUUAGUUAAACGUGCAUCCGUGAUAAAACUACAAAGACUGAAAAAUACGUGUCUAAAGUAGUUAACUACUUCUUGAGUACGUAGUAUAAGCCCGAAUAUGGAUAAGUCCUACAGUAAAUUUAAUGUACGGUGAAGAUAACUUGAGAUAAGAUUUAAAGCAACUGAACUUACAAUGUUGCGCCAAUCUAAUAUUGCCUAUUUUAUAGAAACAAAGUUGUCUUCUUUCGAAAAAAUUAAUUGCGCGACAUCCUUUUUUAUCUUGUUUUCAUUUUUAUUGUUUAAUUUGAAUCGAAGUUAUCUUGACCGAAACCAACACAUGUAUACCACCAGCGCCGGAGCGACCACAGAAACUUUCUCUGGACACGCCGGCAGUUCUAGUUUACGCGGUUCUAGAAAUUACAAUCUACCUCUUAAUCAUAUAAGAAAUAUAAUUCAGUUCCACUUUUUAAGUGGCCGUUAUACCUAUAUACCUUGUUGUUAAUAAAAUAUUAUAUCCCAUUUACAAAUUCAAAUUGCAGUUAAGUAACACCUAGGACCACAAGGGACCAAAGUUAGUUCUUUUACAAUGAUUUCCCUAUUGACAAUAAACUGAAAUUUUGUUAUUUUCGUAUUUUAUAAUGAUUAUUUUUAGUGAUGAUAGCAGGACAUUAUCAUUUUUAGUUGACUGAAUUCCUAAUCAUAACAUUAUUUUAGGGCAAAACAAAUUGACAUGAAAUCAAGUUUCGAAUCACAUUCUACCUUUUGAGAAGAAUAUUUCAUAAAAUAUCAACAUUCGCAAAUAAAUUUAGAUAUAAACUUAUUGAUUCAGAUUCAAUUUAUAUCUGGGGAAGGCAAUAAAUUACGCUUUUACUUGUAAAAAUACAACUAACAUUAUGUUCGCAUGUUUACGUGCUACAGAGCUAGCUAUAAUUAAUUUUCCUUCUCGUUUAUAUCCACAUAUGACUACCAACAUGUAUCUACAUACCUACAAAUAUUAUAUUUUUGAGUAUCUGCUUAUUUUCAAUUUUAUGAUUAGGUAAACUUAUUUAUUCCUUUUUGAAAAAAAUACCAAGAAUAGGUUUUAACAUUUUGUGAUAGUGUAAAAAUGUUGUUCGAACUUCGUAUCAUAGUCACUUCCAGUCAUAAUAUGUUAAUUUAGAAGUAACUAUGUUAAGAUUUCUUUGAGUUAAUACUAGGAAAAAUUAUAAAAAAAAUGUGAUUGUAUUGGAUAAGACAUUUAAGAUAGUAUUUAGUCAUAAAAUUCAUUAUCGUUCCUAUAUUUGCAACCAUUGGAAUUGUAAUAUGCAAUAGUCAUGUUCCGUUACUUUGUACUUAAACCAGUUUGUAUAAAUUUCGAGUUCAUUUUAAUAAAUUGUGAUAUAAUUUCAUUUCUAAGUACCUAAUGCUUUUAUAUACUUUAAGUACAGAGGGCGUAAGUGUUUUAAGUGAGUCCUAAUUUAUGAUCAGUUAUUAUAAGUAUAUAGUUUUAAGGUUUAUAGUGACAUUGAUUAGGUGCUCGCAUUACGUAGAACAAGAAUCAUGGUCUUCCAAUAGUUUAUAGAGGACGGCGGGCAGAUAUUAUAAGAUACAUGACAAGCCCGUCCUCCUAGAAUUCCUAGCGAUCUACAAAUUGUGUAAAUAUUUAUGAUAUAAUGUAAAUAAGAAUUUAUAGCUCUGUACGCAUGUGGUGCCAUAAGUAACACUACUAUAAAGUAUUUUAUAAAGCAAUACAUUUAAAUGUAUAAAAUAUUACUUAUAUAAAUAUUCAUAUCUUAUUUUUGUACCCAGGCGCCAACAGCCUAGUACAUUUUGAAUCGUUAAUGAGCGUGGGGAAUGUUUGAUAAUAUAGAGAAGUCGCAGCGCAAGUAUAAAACAUAAUUUGAACUUAUUCUAAGAUAUAUUUUAUGUUCCUAAAGCUGCGGCGUUCAGUUUUUGGUUGUGGCAUAUAAUGUCUUAUUAAGGAUAGACAUUCGAAAAUUUUUCAUUGAAAAUAUACGUUUAAUUAAAUAUUGUGUAAAUCUUUGUGGGAAAAAUAUACGCAUUACAAGUUAGUCUUAGUUAAUGCUUACUUUUGGCUUUUGGACUGGCUUUCUUUAAAUAGUAUAGUAAGAAAUAAGUGUCGUUUUUAAAUUACGAAGUAUAAAAUUAAGGUAAAAAAUUAAUAGUUCUCCUGUGAUGUAAGAAUCAAGGGGCUUUUUUGCGCCGAAUAGCAGUGAUUUUUAUUAUUGUAUAAAUUAAAACAUCAUAUGAGACAAAAAACUUUUUCAAGAAAUAAUCUACGAGACAGUAGUAUCAAAAUGAGCACAUUGUGAAUGAUUUGUGAUUAUUAUUACAUUAGAUUGCCGUUUCAUUAAAUGCUAGUUACUAUGUUGAGAUGUAAAUAUGAGAGAAAACACAAUAAAAUUAUUAAAAAUCGGAA